CAGUACAGCGAUAGCCGCGCAUUUCGGGCAGAUUUAGUCACGAAUUUGAAUUUCCCAAGUACGCGCGAUUCAGAAUUUAAACAGAGUCACGCCUCUCUGGUAAAAGUAAGGACUACACCCAUGACAUAUUGAAUUGGAUUAGAGUUAUUUGAAAAGUAUUAAAAAAAACAAAAAUUGUGCUGAUUUGUGAUUGUGAUUCAUUCAAUGCGAAACGGAAUAAACUAUUCACAUAAACUUAACAAUACUCUAAAGUAACAUUAAGUCUAUUGUAUUUUAAUGCAAACAUAAAAAAUUAAAGCCGUCAAACUCAAGCCAUAAUACACAAUAGCAAAGACCCACCAACUUAAGCCUAACAUAAUGUCCAAGAAACUCCCAACUAUAUCCGUAACUGCCGACAAGCGAUCCACCCAUUCCGACUUAUCCUCCUCAUCGUCAUCCCACGACACAGAUAGCAAUGACAUGGACUAUGGGCGCAAUGGCGGCGGGGGCGUUACCGAUGUCGAAGAUUUUGACAGUCAAUUGGAGAUACUAAAACCAAGCUCCCGUCGAAGUUCAUGUAACUCCUCCCUGAAGCCUAAAGCCCAUCCCAAAGCGAAUACGGGAGACAACGAUGUGACUGAUGUGGAGGACUACGACACAGAAUCGGAAAAUGAUGAGAAGAGCACAGCAUACCCAGAACUAAAGCUGUCGCUAAGGGAGUUUCUCCAACAGGGACUCCAAAACCAAGAAGCCGUCGAUAAUGAUGCCAAGGAGAGCUGUGAGAUAAAAGCCGGAGAUUUCGUGCAAGCACAAAACCUGAAUGGUAUGGCAGACUAUCUGACUGAUUGCGAAGACUACGACACCGAUUCCGAAGUUGGAUUUGGUUGCGAGAAAUCAGUAUGUGUUGACCUGGAUCAAGCUGUGGGAGAUCAGGGGCGAGUAAAUAUAGCAGAUGGCGAGAAGAACCAAGACGACUCCGAUCAAUAUGAAGAUGUUUCUGUGAUUAGUGAUAUAAGCGAUUUGGCAUCAGCCAUGUCCGAUUGCACAGGUAUUGGGGUGCGUGGCAUGUCCGAGGAUGAAGUUUUGGAGGUAUCCGAUAGUGGUCACGAAGAGGUUUGCAACAUUGCCUGUUCAGAAUCCGAGUCUGAGUCUGAGGGCGCAGCUGCUCUGAGUCAGAGUGCAAGUGAGACUAGUUUUCCACCCGUUGAUGUGGCAUUCGUUAGUGCCAGCGGACAGCCACGUCGAAACUCGAAGUGCAGUAUACCCACGCCUGGACAGAAAAAUUUCCUUCAGCUGGCUUCAAAAAACGAAGAGGUUUUAACUGAUGUUGAGGGUAUUGACGACUCUGCCGCGGAAGAUAGCUUUGACAACGAGGAGGAGGACGAACAACCCAUACCACGUGCCAUAAUCCUUGCGUCUGGCGAUGAUGGGACCUGCCUUACUGAUAUCGAGGACAUGUUCUGUGAAGAUAGUUCGCUAUCCACCUGUGCUGAACCGGAAAUUCGUUCAAUCUGCCACGAGGUCUUACCACUGCCCCAUCGCGAAGUAGUAGAACUGAAGGAGGACAAGUACGGGGACACAAUAACCAAUGUAAUGCCCAUGGACACGAACUACGAGUUUGGCAUUUACAACCAUCUGAAGGAUAUGAUUCACACCGAUUCCGAGGACUAUUCGUGUGCCGAUGAGUGGAGCCUUCAACAUUCAGUUGCUGAGGAUGCUGCAAUGGGAGGACCGAGUCUAAUUGAAAACGAAGUAAUUGUAUCCAAUGAACUAUUGAAACAGCAGCAAAACAAGCGCCUGGAAGUACAGACCAAUGCAGAGUCCGUAACAGAUGUUGAGGAAAUCUUCGUGGCCGGAAUAAAUCGCCGCAAGAAGUUGAAGACCCGAACUCUAAGCAAGGGCAAGAAUAAACUACUGGACGCCGUAAAGGUGAAAGAGGAUGGAGUCACAGAUGUCGAGGAUAUGGACCUAAGUGAAUGCGGUUUACCUAUGGGCGUGAAGCGCGUGGAGCAGCUGAAACAACAGGCAAAGGGAUCAAAUGCAGACAAAUCCUCGGAAUCAGAGGAUGUAUCCACCGAUGAUGUCUCCGACAUCUCAGAUGUCUCCGACGUACCACCGAUAUCGACAGGUGACAGAACUAGCGGCAAGACAAAGCCACAACCACAUCACUUCCGUCUGCUUAAGGAUGAUAUGAUAAAUCAAGAACAUACCGAUGUUGAGGACGUUCAAUUACCCUCGGAUGCGGAGGAUGCUCUGGAACCGCCGGCCGUUCCAGUGGCAAACAGCAACAGUAAGGAGCUGAAUGAUAUGUUGAACGAGAGCUAUACGGUUGUGCACGAGAAGAGUGGUCGCAGUUUCAACAGCGAGGCCGAGAAGCUACAUGCUAAAGGCGUGAUCCGAGAUGCCCAUACCGACGUUGAGUAUGUUGAGUCUGAUGAGUCAGCCGCCAGGGGAGGCAACUAGCGUGCAUCCCGUGUCCUCAGACAAUCCGACUCGAGUCAGUCCCAAGCUGUUGCCAAAAUAUAUCUCAACAAUAGUUAAUAAGUGUUCAUAGAUACGAAAACCCAACACAUACACUCUCAAGCAUUUUAAACCCUUCACGAAAGAAAAGUAGAACUAUCCAAUCUGGAUACCGAAAAGAUCUCACAUGAAAUUGGUGAUGUUAAAGUUGGUGGUGGUGAUGAUGAUAGUGAUGGCGAUAGUGGAGAUUUUGUGGCACGCAUUCGCGAGGAAGCCAAUAUUCUGGUGGAUCGCGUACUUGAAGAAAGUGUCGAGAUCAUUGAGAGUCAAGGCCAUCAGGCCAAUGGCCACGAGAUCGCUAAACUGGACUACAACUCAGAAAGUGAGAAUUAUGCCAUCACAUGCGAUGAUAUCGGCGGCGUCGAUGUUAUCAAAUCGCCCACCAUUGAAUCCAUGUCGGGCAAGUCGUUUGACGACAACAUGAGCUUCACCGACGAGCAUAUACAUUUACCCUUGCAUGCCCAGAACACGAGCACCACCAUGACAACGACAAUUACCACUCAGUUCCAACAGCAGCAGUCCCAGUCUGCUGUCUCAAGUACAUCGGCGGCAAAAGAAACAGGCGGCGAUUUACCAAACUCAAGUGAAACCGAUACCACUCCCGUACCACCGUCGAAAGAAUCGGAAAGCAAAACCGAAACUGAGCCGACGGUAGUAACCAAUGCAUUCACUACCACCAGCCACGAUACACCCACACCAAAACCAAGAGUACUCAAAGCAAGCUCCCCCGUCUCCGAAGGCACUGAUAGCACUACCAUUCCUGGCCCUGUGCCCAAGCCCGAAAUACCGAUUGAUAUUAGUUUCGAUGCCAACGCACCGGUACCAAAGCCGCGUGCCCCUAUUAAGCACACGGAACCUUUCGAAAACCUGGCUGCCCUAGCUGAACAGUCCGAUAGCAUUAGUCUGAGGAGUUUUGAGCUCACAGAGGACAUUUCCAAAACGGACGAGCCCUCCACAGAGCUCUCCAUUCGAUCCCAGCUUCGGGACAUAGUCACCACCACCACUGUUUCGGAGGAUCACACCGAAAGCUUUGAGCCAACGAGUGAGAUUUCUGUCGAUGAUGCCGACACUGAAAAGUCAGAGGGUGCCGAAAAGACCACUAGCUUUUAUAUUGGGGAAUCAAGUCGUAAUGUUAUCAUCAAGACCUCGACGAGAUCUGCAAGUGUUACACCGCAAGAGGAGGAAGCUCAGGGCGAAAUUGGAAUUGAUGCUAAGGAUAUUUCCCUAAUGAAGGAGGUAUCUGUUGACUCUGACGAAGCCAACGAUGUUUUCAAAGAGUUUAUCACGAUGAAGCCAGAAGAUCCUAUUGCAAUGGACAGCAAGAUAACCAGACAAGGCUCGGAAACUCGAAAUGACAUACUUGAAUUUGAGAAUGCUGAUAAGGACAAGACUGCAGAGCAAAAGCUCUCCAAGGUAACGACCGAGGAGAGCUUGACCACAUCCACCGGAUCCAGCGGUCGAGCCAUCAUCGAAAUAGCUCCUUCCAGCAGCGAAGAUCCUGAUGAGUCCAGUAAGGAAAUUCCGGAAAUUGUAAAUACAAUCUCAGAGAAGGCAGCUGCAUCUGAUAAUUUUGAAUUGCCCUUAGAAAAAAGUGAGUGGGAAACAUCAGAAAAAGAAAUCCCAACUGAGGGCAAACCAAAAGUAGUUCACUCGCCUCAACAACCCCAAGAAGCCAGCAUGAAGAGUACGCUCGAUAGGUUUCACGUAGAUGAAAUUCUUGCCGAAGAACAGGUAACAGACGAACACUCCAGUAGUGAUCACAAGUCGUUUAAGGACCAGACUCCUUCAGAACUUGGAUCGAGUACCGUGCCUCAGGAAUACACUUUUGCUGUUGAGAGCGAGGACAUCUCAUCAUUCAUAGGCAUACCAGAAGCAAGUAUGCAGACCUCCACUUUGGAUAGUACACAGCCUCCAGAGGGUCUGUUCGACACCACAAUCAAGGAGACCCUCAAUAAACAAGCUGCAAUGGCCCAUUAUGCCCAAGAUGUCUUUGGCAGAGGGGAAAGACGCGAUGACCACGGCUCACUAGGUUUCAUUUCCACCGGCACAGCCGAAGAGUUGAGCUCCAUGGAAGAGCACAUGGCAAAGGAGGAACAAGCCUCAUUGGGCUUCAUUUCCACUGAAACCGCCGAGGAUUUCAGCUCCAUGGAAGAUUAUUAUUCCGAGAAAUUGGCUAUCGCAAGUGUUGUUGCUGAUGAGGUUGCAACCGAAAAGUCCUUAACAACUAGCACUUUUGAAGAGCUUUCGUCUGAUCAAUCCAUGAAACCAAUUGAUGUUGUGGUUCAUCGACUUAAAACCGAGACAUCGCCGGAUUCCAUUAACCGUUGGUCUAUUCCCGAUGUAGACACCUCCAGCUCAAGCGAGAGCUUCCACAGAAGCUUCGACAAGACUCAAAGUCGACCCUUGUCCUCAGACUUGGAUAAUCUUGUGACCACCACAGGCACUGGUACCUCAAGUGAUUAUCAAACCGCUCGGGAAUUUACCACCACUGGACGCACGGAAGGAACCGAAUAUAUUAGUGCAGUCAGCACCCUCGGAAGCAGUAGCUUAGAUUCACAGUCGGAGACUUCGGCCAAUUUGGCCAGCAUUGAUGUAUCCGAGCUGUCGGAGACAUUGGUGGCCUCCUCUGCCGAAGUCGAUGCUUUUGAAGCCGAAGAGAUGUCGCGCCUGCGCGAUCUUCGAGCCGAUGACGAGGACAGUGAUGAGAGUGUAGAGCUUCCGGGAACUGCUGGCUAUCCAAGCAUCGAACAGCAAAGCCUCAUGAAGCGCUCCCAGGAAAUGAUUUUCAAGCCAAAAACUCUGGACGAUGAGCCCUUGGCCGUGCAGGUUGCGCAAAUCGAAGAAUAUCCCAAGCCAAAGGAAGCAGAGCGCACAUGGGGCCUGGCCUAUCCUUUGGAGGACAGCAAAGUGGAUAGUCCACGGGAAAGUGAAAAAGGCGAGGACAUUCUGUUGUAUCACGGAGAUCCACGUCGAUCCAUUGACGAGUCUAAGUUGGCCUCUAGCCUAGACGAAGGCAGUAUUCUUUCCGUUAGCAUGUCAAGCACAUCCAACAUUGAUACCGUUGUAGAGAACUUUGAUGAUAUUAUUGGAUCCGCCGGAUCCUCUUCAUUGACCGGUAUCGAGGGUUUCCAGUACGGCCAUGACGAGUCUAUUCCAUCUGCCUCAGUGCCCGAAGAUGCCACAUUCAUGCUGGAAAUGGAGAGCAAGGAACAUUCACCGCAGGAUUCUAAUGCCAGUACUCCUCCGGGAGGGGAAUCAAAACGCCGGGGUCACAAGCGAAAUGAGAGCAUUUCGGGAGAUGCCUUAAAAAACUUGGACAAGGAGGUUGCAUUGCUGGGCGAAGGAAAGGAGUCAGAAAGCGAAUCUGACACGGAUCCCUAUGAAUCGGAAUAUGCCCGCCAGUUCCGUUCACCCAAAGAACGAAAGAGCAAAAAGAAGAAGCAGGCGGCAGCCGAAAUGGAUCAUAGCGGCGAACUGGAAAAGCGUCCAUUUACACCAUCCCAGUUGGUAGCCGAGGUUAUCGUGGAGGACAGUAUCACAGAGGAACUAGAGGCAGAGGCAGCGAUGAUCGAGGAGCGUCGCCCUUCCCAGAAUAUGCAGGACUAUUCAAACAUUCCCGACAUAAUGGUCACGGAGGACAUCAAAUCGCCCAUC